ACCAAAUCAGUCUUCGGAAUCCGCCCACAAAAACCUCCCCUCAUUUUUGGUAUUCUCCGUUUUAGGCUUAGCAGUGGCUGGCGCGAACCUGGCAUUCCCUAAGCGGGAAGUGUGCUGUGAGGAAGAUUGGCUGAGUGUUUCAUCGGCCAUGAACGUGAAGCAGCAUGUCCCGUUACCACCGCCAAUUAAUACGGGGACAGGAACGUGCUUUCCGGGGCGCUAUUCCCCCACCUACAGAAGUGCGGACCCGAUGAGACGGCACUGUAUGGGCAACCCAGGGAAAUUACACGUAGAAGAAUUAUAUGACCAUACCAGGUUCAGUAGUGGAACUCGUUUUGAAUGUGGAAACCUCUUCCCCGCCUUCGACGACGGUCUCGUCGGUCGGCCGGAUGGCUUGACGAUGGACAUAGGGAAGCAUGGUCCUACCGGUGGCCCUAGUCUGCACAUAAAGCAUGACAUGAUGUACGCUCACCAUCCCGGCAUGGGUCCUGGUCAUGCGGCGGCCAACACAAGACCCCACCACAGUCAGAUGGUCCAUUCCGGGAUGGACGCCAUGGACUUGUUGGACCCUAUUUGUCCUUCCUCUCUUCCUCCACUUUCCAUGCCCACAGAGAGCAGUGCCGUCAGUUCUCACCCACAGCUGCAUGGACCCAUCUAUUCACACGGUAUGAACACCAUGAUGGCCACUCACCAUCACCCUCUGGCACCACAUCCUUCCAUGGGCAUGCACGAUGCAGACACCGAUCCCAGAGAGCUGGAAGCUUUCGCCGAGAGAUUCAAACAGCGACGCAUCAAACUUGGCGUGACGCAGGCUGACGUCGGCAAGGCUCUCGCAAAUCUCAAGCUACCCGGUGUCGGUUCCCUGUCCCAGAGCACCAUCUGUAGGUUUGAAUCCCUUACCCUGUCCCAUAAUAACAUGGUGGCCCUUAAACCCAUCCUACAAGCCUGGCUUGAAGCAGCUGAGGCACAGGCCAAGAACAAGAGAAGAGAACCUGACGGUCCAAGCGUGCUGCCUAGCGGCGAGAAAAAAAGAAAGCGAACGUCCAUAGCAGCUCCAGAAAAGCGAUCCUUAGAAGCUUAUUUCGCUGUGCAACCCAGACCUUCAGGGGAGAAAAUAGCUGCCAUAGCCGAAAAAUUAGACCUCAAGAAAAACGUGGUGAGAGUGUGGUUCUGUAAUCAAAGGCAGAAACAGAAACGAAUGAAGUACUCCGCUCAGCAACAUUAGCAUCAUAGCAAAUUUGUACUUUUGCAUGUGAACUGAUUUGUAACCUUCAAUGGAAAAGAGUCAAUGUGCUGAUUCGUAGAGUGGAUCUGAUCCAGUUACGGAGCGGGCCGGGUUGAGUUUCACAUUUUGCGAGCUCUUCGCGAACUUCCACGUGAUUUUCACAUGUUAUCAUAUAUAAUAAUCAAUUCUCACAGUUCAUGUCCAAAGUAGAUACAUCGUUGUAAAUUAAAAUACAAGCUUAGAACAACUUGAAAAAAUCUUUAUAGUUUUCUAGGGCAUGUCUGUUUUUUAACUCAUUUUUUUUUCCUUCUGCCAUCCAGAUCUUGCUAAGCUCAUGCAAUUGUAAGAUAUCAAACAAAAUGAAAAUAUUUCAGUAAUCUGACCUUCAAUUUUAGGCGUGCCCGAUUAUGUAAAAUUAAAAUUAAUUUGCUAAGUUUUCAGAUUAUCUCAACAAAUUGUGACUACAUCCUUGUAGUUGACGAGUAUAUAUAUACAUAUAUAUAGCUAAUAUCAUCUUGUAUUAUAGUUUAACAUGAAUCUCUUGCUCACUUUUCCAUUCAAAUGCGGAAAGUUGCUGAUAUGAUUUCCUAUUUUAUACAACAGAAGCGUAGGCAGCAUUGAGAAUAAUGUGCAAGGUGCACUCUCAAAGCUAACUGAAUGUAAAAAAAUAUACAUUUUUGGAUAAAAAGAAAUCAUUAAUGUAUAUCUUUCUUAUUUAAUAGUUUAUUGCUAAGCUGAAAAGGGAUGGAUUUAGCAUCGAUUACAUUUCUGCAGCUGUAUCCUAUUCUUAUGACUUUAAUUAUUAAUUUAAACUUCAGUGUAGGGUGAUAUUUGACCUACUCCUACAAAUUUACAUAUUAAUGUAAACUUCGAUAUAUAAUUAGCUUUGACCUUCUCGCAUAUGUUUGCAUGAUAAUUUGAACUUUAAUAUAGGUUAAUAUUUAAAAUUAA